AUAAAAGUAUUAUGUAUGUAUACAAGUGCACUCGUGUGUAAUAUACAUAUUACAUAAUAUUUUCUUUAACUAUUUGACUAGUAACUAUGCUGUUGGUUCUUGUGAUGUUUGUUUAAUGUUUGGAACAUUUUAAAGUAUUAUUUGAAGCAAGAAUAAGCAGAAGACAAAAUAAAUUGGAAGAAUCGCCAACAAAAUGGCACCAUGGUUAUUGUUUGUAAUGUUGGGUGCUGUAUUUUACAUGGGGAGAACAGCCAAUGGAGAACCUAGACAAAAAGCAACCCUGAAAUCCAUUCAUGUAAUCAGCGAUAUUAAAUAUCGAUUUGCUACCACUCUGGUUUCCAUGAAAUAUUAUAACCCGUACAAUUCUUCAGUCAGCGCAGACUUCCACGUAAUGAUGCCGCAUAAUUCAUUUAUAUCGAAUUUUUCUAUGGAAAUUGAUGGAAACGUGACUGUAGGAGAAGUAAAAGAAAAAUCAGUUGCUAAAAAUAUUUACGAUCAUGCCGUUGAAACAGGGCAGAGUGCUGGAUAUAUUGAAGUCAAACACCGCUUCACAAAUGUCUUUGAUAUAUCUGUUAACGUUGAACCCCAAAAGGAUAUAGUUUACAAUUUAACAUACCAAGAACUUCUGACACGACAAGACUAUAAAUAUAGGCACGUUAUUCAUUUGUCAAAUGGUGGAAUUAUUGAUGACUUUUUAGUUGAGGUUUUCAUUACGGAACCUCAAGACAUUAUUGAUUUGUCUGUACCUGAAAUUAUAGGUGAUAUAUUAAUGAAUAUCACGGAUAACACAGAGCUAGAUUCUGCUUCAAUUGAGUAUACCAGCAGUAGAGAGGUUUACAUCAAAUACAGCCCAAGUCGUAAACAGCAAGAAGAAAUUUCAGACAAAGAUGGCGUUGCAGGCUUACUCAGAGUGGAAUAUAACGUGGAUCGUCAAAAUAAUUCAAAUUUGAUAUACGCAUCUGAUGGCUACUUUGUGCAUUUCUUCACUCCCGAUUCCUUACCAAGUCUUCCAAAGCACAUUAUAUUUAUGCUUGAUGUCAGCGGAUCAAUGUAUUGUUGUAAAAUUGGACCCCUGAAAGAAGCUAUGGAAAAUAUCCUUGAUCAACUCAAUCCAGAGCUUGAUGCAUUUCUCAUUGGAAAAUUCAGUAGUGAUGUUUCAUGGAUGAUGGACAAAUUUUUAAUAGCGAACAAUACUAACAAAGAAUUAGGCAAAAAUUACAUUAAGGCACUCCAAGCCGAUGGAUUUACAAAUAUCAACUCUGCUCUCCUUCAAAGUAUAGAGAAACAUAAACCUGCUCUAACCUCUACAAAGAAAAGUAUCAUCAUCUUUCUCACUGACGGAGAUCCAACUGUAGGAGUCACUGACGUCGAAAUUAUCAAGAAAAAUGUCAGAGAAGCUAACGAACAGAUUUCAUUAUUUGCCCUUUGUUUCGGAGAAGACUGUGACAGUAAAUUUCUUCGUGAGGUUGCCACGGAAAAUGGGGGCUUCAACGGGAAGAUCUACGUAGACUCUGAUAGUAGUCUCCAAUUUGAAAAUCUCUAUAAAGAAAUAUCUAGCAUUUUAUUAAAGGACAUUACGUUUGUUUACUUAGAUGGUGCCGUUAAUACUAGUUCUACAUCAUUUAGCAACUACUUCAAAGGAUCAGAAUUAGUUGUUUCCGGUGUUUUGUCGCAAGAAUACCUAUCGACCAUAAAAGUAAAUUUAACAAUGACAAAUUUUUGGGGUCGUGAUAACGAAAUAUUGGAACUAGAAUUAUAUGGAGAUGACUUUACCAUAUACGAUGACGGUUUUUCACAAAAUUCCAGUUUGACUAGUAUUCAGUCAUUUUCUGAAAUUACCGAAAAGACUUAUGCUUACAUCACCUUGCAGCAACUUCUCAAGAAAAACAGAACAGAGGAAGUGCGACAUGAUAUUCUUAAUUUGGCUCUAAAGUAUAAUUUCGUAACUCCAUUAACAUCAAUGGUUGUCGCCAACUCAAAAGUAAAAGAACAUUUUUUUGAAGAAGAAACAAAACAAAUUCCGCGACAUCACGUGCGAUUUACCACAACACCGCCAGUGACUGUUCCCCGAUCAACAAGACCCCCACGAAGAACUCCACGAAAACCAGUGCCAAUCCUUCCACAUAUUCCUGCCAUUUUACUAAAGCCAUUAAAUUGCGAGGCAGAACUGUGUUUCACUGAUAGUAUUCAAUGCAGAAACCAAACUGAUAUUGUGCUUUUGGCUGACAGAGCAGCAAAAAUAUAUAUUUAUGGCCAAGUGAGAAAGGUAUCAGACACUAAUUGUUUAGAAACUCUUGAUAGAGUAUUUGUAAAUAUCAGAAACAGAGUAUCUGAAUUUACUCCUGAAUUUUUUAGAAUAAGAGGUAAAAUUUAUGAAGGCAACAUUCUGGAAAAAGUUCAUCUCAAACUGGGAACAUUCGUCCGGUUAUUAGUAUCAAUUCAGAAAACUGAAAACUCUGAAAAAGUUAUUUUCUUGCAUUUUAAAAUAUACAGGAGCUUUAUUGAACCCAAAGGAAUUCUGAGUGAUUAUGUAAAAAACUUACACUGUACUAGACAGUCACCGAACCAGAUAGUUUUGUCUAAUAAAGUGACUGCUUUUCAUAAAGUCAAGUACAAAACCAUCAUUAGACGUUGGAAAAGAUGUUUUAAAAUGUGAGCGACAAGAAUGAGGUUGUAUCUUGAUUUAAUCUAAAAUAAUCUUUCACAUUAGGAUUGCUAUGAUGUAGAAAUAUAUUAAUUUGAUAAAUACACCGAUAAUAUAUAUAUAUA